GCAAAAAUCCAUUUCCCUUAUCCAAAGCCACCCACUUUCCUCCAAAAAGCACAAAAAAAACAACAUGGAUGGAAUGAACGUGGACGGCGUAAGCACGGAUACAAGGGAGGUGGUUGAACUCGACGUCCAGCAUCCGAGCCUGGGGCGGGGGAAGCAGCGCGAGUACCCACCAGCUUUGGCACUCAUGGCCAGCAGUGACCCACGCGCCUGGCUGGCUCCCGUGCAGGCUGGCACCUGCGCGGCACACGCCGAAUACCUGCUGCACUCGCCCGGCUCGAGCGCGGAAGGCGUGUCCUCUGCCUCCAACUUCAGGAAGAGCAGCAAGAGUCCUGUCAAAGUACGCGAGCUCUGCCGGCUUAAAGGAGCUGUGGCUGCAGAUGAGGGCAGACAGCGGGCCCCGUCAAGCAAAGCGACCAACGUCGUGCAGAAACAGAGGCGCAUGGCUGCCAAUGCCCGGGAGAGACGAAGGAUGCACGGAUUGAACCACGCGUUCGACAAGCUGCGCAGCGUCAUCCCAGCCUUCGAAGAUGACAAGAAGCUCUCCAAAUACGACACCCUACAGAUGGCACAGAUCUACAUCAACGCCCUGUCCGACUUGCUUCAGGGCCCCGGUGCUAAAGCCGACCCGCCAAACUGCGACCUGCUGCCUGCCAACGUGUUCGAGGAGGACCGCUCUCCCAGAGGAUCGCCGAGCGUCUGCCGGAGAGGCGCGGGCGCGGGUUACCCGUACCAGUACGAGGACGCAACUUUCGCCUCUUUCAUGGAGCAAGAGCUCCAGUCGCCCUCUGGAACGAGCAAGUACGGUUCGGAGGCCAGCAAGGACUCGCCUCGGUCGAACCGGAGCGACGGAGAGUUUUCCCCUCACUCGCACUUCAGUGACUCGGACGAAACGCACUUGGAGAUGCAGAGCGAGGACGAGCUGUCGGAACUGAAACUGCCCAAGCACCGCUCUUUUUAGAAAACACACCAACCGGACUGUCCAUCAGUCGUGUCAAUCGCAUAUUUGGGCUUUGUAAUAGGUGGUUUUAUUUAUCCAUUUGUUGUAUGAUCUUUUGACAAUGAUGUUGCUGUUGUGUCUGACGCCAAUAGAUUUAGUUGCCUUCUCGUGACAUUGAUCAGACCCCUACGCCAUGUGAACUGCCGCGUGCGGCAGUGCCAUGGGCUCGAAUGUCAUGCAUAAAACUGUCUUCCGUGAACUGUUUUGACACGUGAUUGUCCUGGGCCUAUUUUCAUAGAUACGAUUGAUGUUGAACCCUGUAAGAAUUUGCAACUUCUAAAGUUUACGUGCACUUUAA